CUGAUUCAGAAUUUUAUUUACAACUGAAUUCUGAUUGGAUGGAAUCAGAAUUACUUACAAACCAUUCGGGUCAAAAAACUGUAGCCCAAUGUUUACAAGAUCGUGACAUUUCUGAACAAGCAAUUAUGCAACUUAUGGGACAUAAGAGCGUUCAAGGAAUUCAUGCUUACAAGCAAGUUAAUGAGGAUCAACAACUUAAUACUAUAAAUACCUUGAUUAAUAUCACAGAUGGGUCUGCAAACAAUAACGAUAACAAUAAUAAUAUAAGUUCACAAACUCCAUUGCAGAAAAUUACAAAUAAUAUGAAUUUUACAGAAAAUAGUUUUAAUUCUAGUAAUGAAAAAAUUCUCUCAAAUACUAUUUUUAACAACUGUUCUUUUACAAAUGUUACAUUUAAUAUUCAAAAAUAG